AUGGCUCCGUGGCCUCCCGGCAACACCUCCGCGGUCCCUGCGUGGCCCGACAGCCCCACACUGGCACCCACUAGCGCCAACACGAGCGGGGGGCUGCCAGGGGUGCCGUGGGCGGCGGCGGCGUUGGCCGGGGCGCUGUUAGCAGUGGCCACGGUGGCGGGGAACCUGCUGGUCAUCGUGGCCAUCGCUCGGACGCCCAGACUGCAGACCAUGACCAACGUGUUCGUGACAUCCCUGGCCGCAGCUGAUCUGGUCGUGGGCCUAGUGGUCGUGCCGCCGGGGGCCACCCUGGCGCUGACCGGCCACUGGCCCCUGGGCGCCACCGGUUGCGAGCUGUGGACCUCGGUGGACGUGCUGUGCGUGACGGCCAGCAUCGAAACCCUGUGCGCUCUGGCUGUGGACCGCUACCUGGCCGUCACCAACCCUCUGCGUUACGGUGCGCUGGUCACCAAGCGCCGCGCCCGGGCGGCCGUAGUCGUGGUGUGGGUGGUGUCGGCCGCGGUGUCGUUCGUGCCCAUCAUGAGCCAGUGGUGGCGCGUAGGGGCGGACGCCGAGGCGCAGCGCUGCCACUCUAACCCGCUUUGCUGCGCCUUCGCCUCCAAUCUGCCCUACGCGCUGCUCUCCUCUUUCGUGUCCUUCUACGUGCCGCUGCUGGUGAUGCUCUUCGUCUACGCGCGGGUCUUCCUCGUGGCCACUCGCCAGCUGCGCCUGCUGCGCGGCGAGCUGGGUCGCUUCCCGCCGGAGGAGUCCCCGCCGCCGCCUCAGUUGCGCUCUCGGUCUUUGGCCGCCGGGACGGAAGGGACGUCCCCGGCGCCCGCAGCGGUACCCCCCUCCUGCGUUCGGAGGCCCGCGCGUCUCCUGCCUCCGCGGGAACACCGGGCCCUGCGCACGCUGGGGCUCAUCAUGGGCACCUUCACCCUGUGCUGGCUGCCCUUCUUUCUGGCCAACGUGCUGCGCGCCCUCGGAGGCCCUGCGCUCGUCCCCAGUCCGGCCCUUCUCGCCCUCAACUGGCUGGGCUACGCCAACUCUGCCUUCAACCCGCUCAUCUACUGUCGCAGCCCAGACUUCCGCUGCGCCUUCCGCCGUCUGCUGUGUGGCUGCCCGCGCCGGGAGCCCCGCGCCGCCGUCGCCUCCAGGGCGCCGGAGCCCUCGUGCGCCCCGGCUGCUCAUACCAGCCCAGCCGAGUCCAGGCCGUGUUCGCCGCUCCACAGGUGGGUCACCAUGGCGGAGGGCCCCGCAGCUGGGAGGCAGAAGUUUUGGUCAACUGUUGAGUGUUUGGGGGUUCAGCAGGAGAAGCGGGGGAGCUAG